GGGUAGUCACGUGAUCUACGUCACAAUUUUCUCUCUGAGUGGUUACUAGUACUGUUUAGGUGUAAAACAUUGCUUCUUUGUUAGGUUUUUCGAAUAUUUAAUCAAACAUGGAGAUUGGUACUGAAAUCAGCAAGAAAAUACGAGCUGCUAUCAAAGGCAAACUUCAGGAGCUUGGUGCAUACAUCGAUGAUGAGCUCCCCGACUAUAUAAUGGUCAUGGUUGCCAACAAGAAAACCCCCCAGCAGAUGACUGACGAUCUCUCUCUUUUCCUUGGAAACAACACGGCUAAGUUCACAACCUGGCUACACGGUGUUUUGGAGAAAUUACGAUCUGUUGCUGUAGAGCCUGCAUCCCUCAGGCAGCUGGAGUCUGACACUAUUACUGUACCAGGGAGGAGUCAGUCAUCUUUGGGUGAAAACGGCAGAACAGAGGAGUUGAAAGGGUUGACAGUGUCGAGCUCGCGCACUGAUAGAAUUGAAGCUCGUGUGUCAAGUUCUGCUCAUGAAAGCAGGAAAGGAACACUAGAAAAGGAAUAUUUUCGGCAUGCCUCGCAUGCUAAGCACCACAUGGAGCCCCUCCCCUCAGAGGCCGUUAUCGACAUCAAACCGGAUUUGGAUGAUGAUCUUAUAGCUGAGGAACCUGUAGAAUAUAGCAACAGCCAUGGUCGUUCGCGCAGUUCUGCGAGUCGGCCCACGGCUGAAAUCUACAGACCUGGUCAGAGCAAGUAUACAUCCAUAAGCUCUGCAGACAUUUGUCGACCCAUUGAAGGAUCCUCUCACAUGAGGCAUCAUGAUAGCAGGAGCAGCAGAACCUCCAGAACCGGAUCCCACAAGCCAGAAGACUUUUCACGGAAGCGAAAGGCACCAGUAGCAAGUUCUGUGGUCCGAGUGAGCCGAGCAGCAGAUGAGGACAGUGAUGAGGCUGAAGAAGAGGAGACGAGCUAUGGGGGCAGAGGCCUGUCCAGCAGAGUGUCCCUCCCCUCCAAACCUGAACGGAAACCUACUCUCCCACCAGCCAAGCAGGCCAACAGAAAUCUCAUCAUGAAGGCCAUCUCUGAGGCACAGGACUCGAUAACCAAAACCACAGCGUACCCAACAACAGUGGCCCAGAGACAGACUGUUCCUGUGGCGCCUCGGACACGCAUGGCGAGCAGCGAAGAGAUGACGGCAGCUAUUCAGCUGGUCCAGGAGCACCUGCACAGCCUGGCCCCCAGAGACCAGGCCUACACCUCUGCUGAUGUGCCUCCCUCCAGAACCGCAGCCCCAACCAGAUCUUUAGCUUCAAGCCUUCAGUUGGAGAACAAUGAUCGAAGUGGGGAAGCCACUGCCAGGUGUGAGUCAAAGAAAUUCGAUACACGCUCUUUCAUAAUGAGUCGACCACUUCUGGAAGAAUCUCCUCUUCGGAAUCCGCCUGAAGUGCAGUCUGCCUUACCUCGCACCGUCCAGCCCAGAGAGGGGGCUGAUUCUGCCAGUCCAAAGUUCAUAGUAACAUUAGAUGGGGUGCCAAGUCCGAUGGGCAACUUUGGAGAUGGAGACAUGGAGCUGGAUGAUGUGAAACCACCCACGAAGGAUAUAGAAGGCCAUUUCCAUAGAGAAUCCAAACUCAGCAUCUUUCAAAGGCUCCAAGGAGCAGUCGCAUCAUCUGGAGAUGACAGGAUGGACAUUGAGAUGGCAGAUGGAGAUGCCCUUCCUGUAAAGAAACAGAAAGUUAUGGAGCGCUGCAAGUUCUGGCCGGUGUGCAAAAGUGGAGAUGAGUGUUUGUACCAUCACCCGACCACACAGUGCAAGACUUUUCCCAGCUGCAAGUUUGGGGAUAAAUGCCUCUUUGUUCAUCCUAAUUGCAAAUACGAUGCUCGCUGUACCAAGCCGGACUGCCCCUUCACCCAUGUCAGCCGCCGGAGCGCUGCUGCUCCUCCACCCAGACCAGCAGCACAACCAGCACAAACUACUUCCGUGUGUCGAUUUUUCCCAGAUUGCAAGAAAAUGGACUGUCCAUUUUAUCAUCCAAAGCCUUGUCGCUUUGCAAUGCAGUGCAAACGAGCCGGAUGUACCUUCUACCAUCCCACCACAGCCGUGCCUCCCAGACACGCCCUCAAGUGGACAAAAGCACAGAGCAGCUAGAUAAAUCCAGAGACCAGCUGAAGCUCGAUGGCCAACGUGGAAAACUGUGGAGGAUCCAGUCUUUUUAACCCUUAUUUUUGGGGUGCUUCAUCAGUAGAUUUAAUUGUUGUUUAAUUUUCUUUCAUGUGUUGUUUUGGAAUUAUUUCUAAGAAAAGUAUUUUGUAAGUGGAAAAGUCGAGUUUUUGCUGAUGUGCUCGGAAUAUUAAAGACUGAAACUUGACAUUUAUAUCUGUCUCAUGUCAUCAUUUGUCUCUUGUUCUUGGUUUAAUGUGAAAGU